GUAUAAUUGUGAUGUCCCCUUUUAUCGCAUGGUUUUGUGUCCGCUCAUAGAAGGUUCUACCCCUGAUUUCCGGAGCGACAUACCUUUGUAUAUCGCGGUUAUAUUACAUUUCAUACCCGAGGACUCUUUGCUCAACUUGCAGCUUGAAUGAUUGGCGGUUAGCGAUAUAUUAACCAGGGGUGACUCUGUCUUGCAUCAUUCACCCUGUAUCUGCCUCGCCAGUCAAUGAUAUCGCCAGUUAUCUACGUCCUUUGCCUUGGGCAGCUUCUACCUUGGCCCCUAUAUGUCCAGUUAUCUGCUCUUCUUCGUGUCUUAUUGGCCACCAUGUCCUGCGAAGACUCCCUUGAAAAGGAGUAUCAUCUGUGUCAACAAGUCUUCGUUGAGAAUAUACUACAUCCCAUGUUAAAAUAUCAAACAGUAGUUCCUAGAAGCCUAUUCCAGCACUGGGGACAUAAUAAGGCUUCUCUUGCUAAUUGUCGCACGAAAAAGGACAUAUCGAGUAGAUUAAUACCGUAAUACACAUUCGGGCUGUUUUCAAAGGCGCUAGUUUCAAUUGAAGGGCCACCUACAUAUCCACCACGACAAUACUCUAUACAUACAUAAAGUAUGCUACGCACAUCCCAGAACGUUCUGACUGAAAGGCUGAGUCAUGAUAAAUGCACCUGUAUACCUAUUUUGCAAGGUUCCAUCGCAGAAAUGAAAUACCUUACUAAGAGGGUUAAGGGAAAUCCGUUGGUCCGGUUGAAAGUGUAUGCACUAGAUAGCAUUCUCCGGCCGAUAAUUGCCUGAGCCGCGCUAAAG